AUGUUGCUUUACUUCUUCAUAGCCAUGCUGGCAAUGGCCUCAUCAGCCAGGGCGAGAUAUAUGAUGUACCUAACAGGGCAACACCAAAACGUUCCAGAGCUAGAAAUGGUGUCAGAGGUCACGCACGUUGCUAUUGCGUUUAUGCAAUCAUCAAUUUUCAACCAAAAGGAAGUCUCUGAAUGGCCCCUUUUCACCACAGUGAAAGAAGUCCGUUCCAAAUUCGCUGAAGGAACGAAAAUCAUGAUCGCAAUCGGAGGCUGGGGCGAUACUGGUUUCUCUAAAGCUUCAACGACUGUUAAUACCAGAAGGCUAUUUGCGAAGAAUGUAAAAGCCAUGGUUGAUGCAACUGGAGCAGAUGGCGUUGAUAUCGAUUGGGAAUAUCCUUGCGGAAACGGCGAAGACUACAAGCAGCACACAAGCUACGACAGAAAAGUAAAAGAAUUUAAACACUAUCCCAUGCUCCUUGCCGAAAUCCGUUACGCGCUCGGCCGAAACGCAAUCAUCUCAGCUGCAGUGCCAGGACUCAGAAGAGAUAUGUUAGCUUUUACCAAGAAGAGCCUCCCAAAGAUCAGCCGCUCGCUGAACUUCUUGAAUGUCAUGACAUACGACUUGAUGAAUCGAAGAGACAAUGUGACGAAGCAUCACACUGGGGUCGUGGCUUCGUUGGAUGCUAUCAAUGCUUACCUUGAAGCUGGAGUCCCUCCACAGGGAAUAAAUCUUGGAUUUGCAUUCUAUGUAAAGUGGUUCAGGACUGAUCCAAAUGGCGGAUGUGAGAAGAAUCCUAUCGGGUGCAAGACGGUGUUGAUGGAGGAUCCAAAGACUGGAGCAGACCUCGGACAAUGCGGAGCGUUCGCAUGGAACGACAGGGUGCCAAAGGAGCUUGCGUUUUCGUUCAGACUGGCGCAAAGGGAUGGAAAGUAUGAUGAAGUUGGCGGAGGAUUUUACUAUUGGGAUUCGGAGGAGAAUAUUUUCUGGACUUGGGAUACACCGGAGGCGAUUGCGAGAAAGUUCCCGCUGAUUGUUAAGGAGAAGGACUUGGGUGGCGUGUUUGCUUGGGGGCUUGGAGAGGAUGGAAGUCAAUUCAAUCACUUGAAUGCGUUGACCGAUAUGGUCAGAGAUUAUAGGAGGAUUCAUCCAGAUCCAAUAGUCGAGGAAGUACCGGAACCAGUACUGCUUGAACCAGAGAACGAUUCUCACGAUAUCAAGGACGAGCUAUGA